AUGUCUAUGACUAAUGAUCCGGAAUUUAUUAGACGUAUUCAGCAACUUAUGCAACGUUAUAUGACAUCCCCACAACUUGUAACGUCUCGCCAACAAAUGCCCCAAACAUAUUAUCCUACGUCUUUCUUCGGAUCACCCAAUCCAUUUUUCACGCCAUCACUUGGUGCAACGCAGACGCCUCCUACUCAGCCAUCUGAACCUCCCGAAACACGUUUCAGAACGCAACUCCAAACGCUUGAGGAAAUGGGUUUCGUUGAUCAAGCCGCAAAUAUCCGUGCUUUACUUGCUACUGGGGGUGAUGUAAAUUCAGCCAUCGAAUUUCUGUUGGCUCAUCGAAGUUGA